GAUGCCGCGGGCCGAGAACGAGGCCGGGACGCUCGGGGCUGAGGAGCCGCUGUCGCCGCUCGCCCGGCAGCGGACGCAGGAGCAUACACCUAAAGAAAACCCCAGUAUGAACUAUGUGUCAGAAAAAGCUGAACGAAGAGCAGUUUUCAGAAAAGAAGUGAAAGUUCUUCUCACCCCGUUAUCCAUGGAAGAAGAGAAACGCAACAAACGUCUGCCCCAGAAACGCUUACUAGAAAAGUUUUCUAGUAAUGAAGGGCCUUCAGAAAGAGAACCAAAAGUCAAAAAAUCCCGUGGUGAUCCCACAAGUCAGCAAAUAAGAGAUGUAUCCUAUAAGGCUUCUUCCAGUCCACGAGGAGUAAUCCCCAGUAUGUCUUCACUUCAUAAUACAACUAGCAUGGUGUCACCCACAAACACUUCAGUUACAGUUGAUCAUGAUUCAGAAAACAAUUGGGAUACAGACAGUGAAGGAAGUAAUUCCAAUGUCUCUUAUCUGGAUGGAUCUUCACAGCUGUCAGCCUAUGAAAGAAAAAGACUAAAGAACAUUACAGAAAAUGCUAAUUUUUUUGCUUCUCUAAAGCUAUCCAAACCUAUUUUGGAUUCCUUCACCCUAGGAACUCAUUGUUUAUUUGAAUAUAUAUUGUUUGACUAUUUCCAUUCCUCUAGAGUUAAGCCCAAAAAGACAGAAGCUGAGACAGUACGUCGAAGAUCUAUGCGCUUACAAAGAGUAGAUCCAUCAGGAGUUCCAUUGCCAGAAAUUCCAGCACAGCCAGAACCAGUAAUUGAUGAAUAUCCUCAGUUGCCACCUGGACCUCUUCCAAUGGUACCUGCAAAUCAGAGUAAGAGCAGUGAAUUAACGGACGCAUUUCUGGAUACAUGGACAAAGAUAAGUCAGAUAAACCCUAAUGAUACUGAAAAACACAUAUGUAACUUAGAAAGAUACAAAGCCAGUCUGAGUCAUAUGAUCCUGAGUGAAGAUGCUGUUACAAAAGUUGUCAAAAAUAGAAUAUAUUCUGUGGCUAUCCAUCCUUCUGAAAGCAGGACCUUGGUGGCAGCUGGAGACAAGUCUGGACAGAUUGGUCUUUGGGAUUUGAACUCUAAAUCUGAAGAUGGAGUAUAUGUCUUUAUACCACAUAGUCAACCAGUAAGCUGCAUGUAUUUUUCUCCAUUUAAUCCUGUUCAUCUGCUAUCCCUGAGCCAUGAUGGAACAGUACGAUGUGGCGAUGUUACCAGAGCUGUCUUUGAAGAGGUGUACAGAAGUGAAGAAAACAGCUUUUCUUCCUUUGACUUCUUGGCAGACAAUGCCUCCACGUUGGUGGUAGGACAGUGGGAUGGUGACGUGGCUAUUGUGGACAGACGGACACCAGGAACUUCUUCUGAACUUACUGCAAACAUGAAUUCAAAGACAACAAGAACUGUCCAUGUUCAUCCAGUGAACAGACAGUAUUUCAUUGCUGCUGGUGCAGUGAAUGUUUGCAUUUUUGAUGCACGAUACCUGAAGCCUAAUGGAAACAAGCCCAUAAGCUUUCUCAGUGGACACACAAAGAGUGUUGCUUCUGCCUAUUUCUCACCUAUUACUGGUAACAGAGUGGUGACAACAUGUGCUGAUGAUACGUUGAGAGUCUAUGAUACCAGCUCUUUAUCCUCUACGAUUCCUGUUCUCACUGCUGUCAGACAUAACAAUAACACAGGACGGUGGUUAACUAGGUUCAGAGCAAUAUGGGACCCUAAACAGGAAGACUGUUUUGUGGUUGGCAGUAUGGCACGCCCAAGGCAAAUAGAAAUCUUCCAGGACACUGGUGAACAGUUGCACUCUUUUUAUAACGUAGAUUACCUUGGCUCUGUUUGUUCCAUCAAUGCCGUGCACCCUACAAAGAAUAUCUUAGUGGGUGGUAACUCCAGUGGUCGUCUCCACGUUUUCAAGGAUUGAAAAGGUUGCUGAUUUUUUUUCCUACAUAAAGUAUGUUUGUUUCUCAGGACAAAAAUAUGCAUUAAAAGGUUUUAAAUUACAUUUUAUUAUUUUGGAAACAUUCUGUAUUUUUUUUUUUUUAAAGUUCCAAAUAUUAAAUCUGUAGCAGUCCUACCACACCAACCUAUGGUGAGUCGUGUGUAUUCAAGUACGGGAAAAGCUGCAUCCAUAAUAAAAAGUCAUAUUUCCUAAAGCCAUUUUAAGUAUGACCUUUAACAAAUAUUUAUCAUGUAUAGUUUUAACAUUGGGCCUCAACUUGCUCUUUAGACGUAAUACAUCAUGAUUGUGGCUUUCCUGAAAUUUACCUUAAGCUUAUUAUACAACAUAGUCUGUGUUUUCAGUCAA